GCGCUCUAGCUAGCUCCCUCUCAAAUCUUGACACCUUUCUCCCCUCUCUCUCUCUCUCUCUCUCUCUCUCUCUCUCUCUACCUUUAUAAAUAUAUAUCCAUACUUUGCUCUCCUACAACCUUAAUUUGAUGCAAACUAGAUCUUAUUGUUUAUCAUGGGCGAGUUCUGGAAUUUCCUCGGCCAUCUCAACUCCCUAGCUGGGCCUACGGUCAUGCUCUUAUACCCCUUGUACGCGUCGGUCUGCGCCAUUGAGAGCCCGUCGAAGGUUGACGAUGAACAAUGGCUGGCCUACUGGAUCCUGUACUCCUUUAUAACCCUAACGGAGAUGGUGGCCGAGCCUAUUUUAUAUUGGAUACCUAUGUGGUACCAAAUAAAGGUGGCAUUUGUAGCAUGGCUAGUUCUCCCUCAGUUUAAAGGUGCAUCCUUCAUCUAUGACAAGUUUGUGAGGGAGCAAUUACUUAACAAAUAUGGAGCUAAGAUGGGAAAACAUGCUAAGGAGGCUCAUGCGACUGAGUGAUGUGGAAGAUCCUUUAUCUUUAUAUAAAUGUAAAAGUGGGGAAAAGGAAAGAAAAGAGAGAGAGUCGGCUUGUAUUAGAUCUGUCUUCUUUGUUUUAAUUAGAUGUGAACGGUUCCAUAUAUCUUUUCCUUUU